AUGGCGGAGGGGCCGGAAUUAAGUUUCUUCGAUUUACGAACGGUACACGAUCAUUUUGAUCAAGCUCUCGUGGAAAAUGAUGAUGUCGAUCUAAAAGCAUACUUAGAGGCCUACAAUGAACUAUACAAAUUUUUUCAGCUGAUGGGCAGUGUCUUCAGCUUUGUCUCUUCUGAUCUGAAGCAAAAGAUAGACGUCUUGACUGACUUGAUAAAUAAAAACACUCAGAACUAUACGACUAUUAAAUCUAUGAUUGAAUAUGAGAGAGAAAACAAACUUUUAGAGAAAGCCGAUUUUGUCAAUGGCUCACGUACUUUAUUGCGACUACAUAGAGGUUUAGAUUUUAUUAGAGAAUUUUUACAACAACUGAAUGAUCUCACAGACAUUGAUAAAACAGUUUGUUGUUGUCAAGACGCAUAUAACAAAACUCUGGCCAAGCAUCAUUCAUGGGUGAUCAGAAAAGCUGCAAUAGUUGCGAUGUACACUAUGCCUACUAGAGAGGCUUUAUUCAAAAAGGUUUGUGGUGAAAAUGUUCAGCGGAACAUAGACAUUUUGCCCAAAAUGUUGGAGGUGACUGCCGACGUGUUCAACCGCACUGACAGCAUUUAUAAAACUUACCAAUUGCAUACUCUACCGUAAGCGAUCACAGCAAAUAAAAACAAUAUUUUAUCUGAUCUUUUGAGUUUUUGAAGCACGGCACGUGGCAUUUCGCAUAUUCGAGAUAUUGUGAUAUUACUGCAUUACGAUAUUAUCAAUUGUAUAGUUAAUUUUGAAUAAAUAAGUAUGCUUAUUUUUGGGAUUAUGUAUUGCUUUAUAAUCGAUAUAUGUACAAUUAUUAUACUGACGACGUACAAAUAAUGGCACAAGCGUACAAUAAGUAUAUCACUUAUGUAAUGUGACCUUGUCAAUUUAACUUAGGAUGUGUUAUUGCGCUCGAAAUUUAUUUUACUAGGUUUAAGCAUCGUUUCCGGUCAGACUCGAUCUUGUGUGUGUGCUAUUUAUAAACUAUAUUUUGAUGUUGUAUAAAAACUUAUUACUGAUAAAAAGAAUGUAACAAAAUUUA